GCAUCUAAAACUAGCGAAAGUGCCGCGACGGAUGUACAAAUAUCUAAACAAUGCUGCUGGUACUGUAUGAUGGUCGGGCAACUGACGAGUCUCAACUGUCAACUAUCAAGUCUGUUUUUGGAAAAUGUUACGCGGACGAGAGUUUUAUUCUACCGUAAAUGAAGCAUUAGGUUUUUUGCAAAGUGUCAUGGAGUCUUGCUCUCAAAUGUCGCUUUUACUCCGUAUGAAGAGGAAGCGAGGAUGCUAAUAAUAGCAUGACGGAGUCUACCUCAGUUGGAGAAGCAGCUUGGCACACCCGCCACCACCUGGUGCCUGAUCAUGGUGAUGACACCCAGCAUUUAGACACCACCCACAGAUGGAACACCACAUCCGGUAGUGAUGACGAUGAUGUCACUGAUGGCUACACUGAAGAGGAGGAAGCGAAAGAAGAUGAUGUUACAUCAAAACUCACAGCAUCUGAUUUUAAUAAUCUGAAGCGAGAGAAGCCAUUGUUUUCCAGCGGCGUGGAACAUUCCAGGGCAUGUGUUCCCUUAAAGCUGUAUGAUGGAAGUGAAGACAUUGUUCCCUACACCAUCAACAGAUACCUGAGGGAUUAUCAGAGAGAAGGCAUCAGGUUUAUUUACAGUAACUAUCGCCAUUCCAGAGGAUGUAUCCUGGGUGAUGACAUGGGCCUUGGGAAGACCGUGCAGGUCCUUGGUUUCCUCGCGGCGGCGUUGCACAAAAAAGGAACUUGGGAGGACAUUGAGAGCAACAAGCCUCACUUUCUGCAAAGUCAGACUCCAUCCAAGCAGAGGAAGCCAAAGAAACUUUUCCUGAUUGUGGCCCCGCUGUCAGUGCUGUAUAACUGGAAAGAUGAACUGGACACCUGGGGCCACUUCCAGUAUGCGGUGGUCCACGGGUUGAGGAAACAGGAGGAGCUGGCUCGCGUCAAGAAGGGCCGCGUGGAGAUCACGCUCACCACCUAUGAGACUCUUCGCCUCUGUCUGACUCAAUUUAAUAACAUCACCUGGUCCGCUGUGUUUGUAGACGAGGCUCACAAGAUCAAGAAUCCAAACUCUCAAAUCACUCAAGCGAUGAAGGGUCUCAAAUGUCAGAUCAGGAUUGGCCUAACUGGCACCAUCCUUCAGAAUAACCUUGAGGAGUUGUGGUGUGUUAUGGACUGGGCCGUCCCUGGCUGUCUUGGCAACCUGGGGCAUUUUAAGACCAAGGUAUCAGAACCAGUUGAGCGAGGCCAGAAACACAGUGCUACCAAGCGAGCCUUAGCGACAGCGAGAAAGACCAUCAGAGACCUGGUGAGAAAGAUUUCCUACUGUUUCCUCCGAAGGACCAAAUUGCUCAUCCAGGACCAACUCCCGAAGAAGGAUGACAGGGUGGUGUACUGCUCUCUGACUGACUUUCAGCAGACGGUCUACCAAACUGUGCUAGACUCUGAAGAUGUGCAAUUGCUUUUGAGGUCUUCAGAGAAAUGCGAUUGCCAAAGUGGACGUGCUCGAAGGAGAUGCUGCUAUAAAAUCAAUUCUGAGGGUGUGCCAGCGAAGGCGCUAUACUUCACUUAUCUGUCUGUACUGAGGAAGGUUGCCAGUCACGUGGCACUGCUCCAGUCCACCACAGGCACCAGUAAGAAACAGGAAAAGUGCGUGAGCGCCAUUUGUCAAAAGGUGUUCCAGAAGUUUCCAGAGUUUAUGCGGAGGUGCAAAGAUGAAGCAUUUGAGGCGCUGUCGGACCCGAUGUAUAGUGGCAAAAUGAAGGUUUUGCAGAAGCUCCUAAGAUUCUAUCUGCAAAGGAAAGACAAGGUGCUCCUCUUUUCACUAUCAACUCAGCUGUUGGACAUUCUGGAGAGCUACUGCAUGGCUGAAGGGUAUGACUAUAGCAGGUUGGAUGGGAGCACCAAAGCCAAGGAACGAGUCCACAUCGUCAAGGAGUUCAACACCUCCGCUCACAUCAACCUGUGCCUGGUGUCCACCAUGGCGGGAGGUCUUGGUCUAAACUUUGUAGGGGCCAAUGUGGUGAUAUUAUUUGAUCCAACGUGGAACCCAGCCAAUGACCUCCAGGCUAUUGACAGAGCGUAUCGCAUUGGCCAGUGCAGAGACGUGACUGUUUUCAGGCUAAUCUCAUUGGGGACCGUGGAGGAAAUUACCUAUCUCAGACAAGUUUACAAACAGCAAUUGCAGAGCUCUGUUGUCGGCGUGGAGAGCGCACGGCGGUACUUUGAUGCCGUGCAGGGCGCCUAUAAGGGGGAACUGUUUGGCAUUAAUAACCUCUUCAGGCUGCAGACCCAAGGCACUUGCCUCACCCGCAAAAUACUUGAGCGUGAAGGACAAGUGGAGGCGGGCGUCAUGACAACCAGCACACACACAAACGUGGAGGCUGUGGAGGAGGAGGAAGAGGAGGACAAGACCCAUAGGCACGGCGUUGGCGAAGCUGGAGAUGCAUCCAAGGAGAGCUCGGGUGAAUCUAAGAUCCCCAGAGGGCUGCAGGACUUCAGUAGUGGGAGUGACGAUGAUGUCGAGGCGGAGCGGGGAAGUCCCAGUGGAGGGCGUGGCACAAGAAAUAUGGAUUCCUCCACCAGGCUUGGUCCAACCAGUUUGCUGCAGCAGGAUUUUGCCAUACUGCUCCAAAGGCUUCAAGCAAUGCCGGAGUCGGGUGAUGGGGACAGUAGUUCAGGUGGUGAGGGGACAAGCACUUCGGUCUCCAAGAGCUUCAACAUUGGGAAUAAUGUUUACCCUGAACAGGGAAAAAUCACGAUAUUGAACGGCAAUACAAAACAAGGCCCGAAAUUAUGUAGGACCAGUGUAGAGGCGAGUGACAAGGAGAGUGCGAGAAGUUCCAAAAAUCCGCUGCUUUCCAAAUCGCACCGCUUUGAGCAAUAUUCCGAUGAAUCGGAUGAUUUCGACAUUGAGACGCUAACACGGUCUAAGGGUGACACCCUGAACCCCCACCAAAAAACACGAAGGAAACUACAAGGAAGAAGAGUACACAGCAGAAGGAGAAACACGAGCAGAGGAGCCAUGUUCACUGAGGACAUUGAGACCUUCACAACUUCAGAGGACGAGAACACCAAGCGCGCAGAUAAAACCAAAGCAGGGCUACCAAAAGAUGGUCAAGGAUCUGGAACAAGCUCGGGUCGACAUGAAGGUUCUACAUUCACUCAUGUGGAAAGGCAAACAUCUACAGCCUCCACAGAAACCAUUGAUACUAUCUUAGGUGGGGUGCGGGAGGUGGCGUACACGCAUUCCAACCAGCGCGUGGUGGGCGGGAGCAAAGCCGAGGAGCUGAUCAGUAGAGCCGCGAUGAAGGAUGUGUUUGAGCGCAAGAUGUACUCUCAACUUCCUGCAAAUGAACUCCUCACCCCCGAUGAGGGAAGCUUGUCAGAAAGCCAACCCGACCAACAGCCUUGUGCCGCUCUCAACGUUCCGCAGCAGCUUCCUGGUCAUCACCCUGUCACUUUCACUAAGAGCAUCGUGCAGCACACCAGAUGUAACACCUUUAUCUUGGGGCAGACCCCUCUCGCCAUGCGCAGAGGGAACCCCACAGCUGUGAGGAUUCAUUUUCAUUUUUGCCUGUUCCUCCAUUAGUGUGACAAGGGAAAGGUGAGAUGUCUGUUUACAUUUCCUGCCAAAAUAAGCUGAGUGUCAAUGUGCGUGCAAAAUAAGCUGAGUGUCAAUGAGCGUGUUACAAAGUGGACGCGCCGACGUGGCUUUGCAGAGUUUAUUUGCACAAGUCAAGACAGUGACACCUAGUUUGAUUUGACUUUAAAAAAAAAGUGAAUGACCAGUGGCCUUCAUUGACCCGAGGGGGCCCUCAACCCAACCAAUCCACCCGUAGAUACGCUGCGUGCAUAACAAAGUGAUGAAACACAUCCCGAGAGCACGCUGUCAGAAGUGCAGGUUGAGUGGAGUCACCAAGUGUCCCUCAAGGUACUAUCUGUAUUCAUUUGUUGUAGAAGGGCCAAAUUACUAUACUCUGAGGUAGCGGUUUGUAAUUUUUAAAAAAAAUGCAACAUGAGCUUUUAUAACCAAGAUUACGUUUCUGAAUAUCAGAUCCAGCCGUAUCAAGGCGUACCAGUGCAGUACAGUUUUAUGUUUUGCGGUAAACCAACAAUUAGAGGAAAGGUACAUUAAAAAGUCAAAUUAAGUUCACCUAUAAAGGUUGGAUUGUAUUUUAGGUUUAUCACGAAAGUUCUUCCGAAAAAUGCCUAUCUGUAACUUUUUGUGACUGUCCUCUGUGACCCAGCAGGGGGUGGGGCGGAACGCAGGGAGGUCUGUUCAGAACAAAAAUGGUGUGUUUUCUUACGAGGGUAAAUAUUGAGGGACGAGAAAUAAACGUACGGAAAAAAGGCAGGAUUUUUUUUUUCUGCUAAACUGCCGGCCUCUCUGUUGCGCUGCCAAGGGCCCGUGCGUCACUUGAUCCAUUGUUUAGCGGACGGAGGUCUCGCUAAGCAAGUGGCGGCCUCCGCGCUCCAGCUGUAGCUCCUGCACUGUUUAUGUUUGCAAGGCCCUUUGCCUUGAAGUGGGCCUACACAAGCAAAGCUGAGCCAUAUGUGAGCGGCGGCCCGAUGGAGAACUUUUGCUGUAGCCUGCUUUCUUUUUUUGGAAUCCACCUCUUUUCCCUCCUCUUCUCAUCAUUAGCUCCUCAUCCUUUUCCCACCACCAUUUUGUCUUCACAGUGUGGUCUCUCGGAGAAGAUGGAGGGCUGGAAUUAUCUUCGGUGGAACCACAAAGAAUUGCUAAAUAGCUCACUCUGCUGCACUAACACUCAUUACCUUUUCAUGUAGCUACAGUGGAACCUUUGACGGCGAAUGCCUCUAAAGUGCUCACAUGUGGAAUUUUAUACCAAAAAUUAACGGGGAACCCUUACUAAUUUGUGAGUUAUAAUUUCACAAAUACUCAAUUUUUCAUGAACUCAUCAACAACUACUCUUGGCUGGGAAAUGCACUUACGGACUCUGUUACAUUGAGCUACAUUCCCCUCACUGCUUGUAUGUAUUAUUGUUUGUACACAGCGAGACUUGCGUCACAGCUGUUUCACCAAUCCACUAUAAAUACAAGUGACGUUAAGU